GGGACCAGGCGCUGAGCGCUGACUGGUGGGCCGCACAGCCGGGGUCCGGUACCCGGUGGGCUCGUGACCAGCUGUCGCCCAUGGCAUCUGUGAGUACUGACGAGAAGAUGUGCUGGGUAAAAGAGUGAGAGCAACCACAACUGUCACACAACUCCGUAAGGCGUCUCAGACUAGGUACCCGGCGGAACUUAAGCGACCUACAAAAUCGAUCAGCCGCAGGAUCCGUGGACGCAACUUGAAGUCAUAUAUAAUAUGGUCGCAUAACGCAGGCGCAACUUUCAUCUCUCCUCGUAGCGUGCCAAAUCCUUACAAGUGCCAUCAUCGACAUGUUCAGUGGUAACACUUUCAAAAAUAUUCGCGUGUACUGGCUCGCAUUCGUGGCUUACUGGGGCAUCAUUCUGUUCGGAUAUGACACCGGUAUAGCUGGAGGUGUAGUCUCCCAGUCUUACUUCGAGACCAGCUUCGGUCUAGUCAACGCCAAUGGCUCAAUCAACAAAAGCAAGGAUACUGAGGUCUCUUCCAAUGUUGUUUCUGUGUUGCAGGCAGGAGCAUUCUUUGGAGCUCUUGGCAGUGCACCUAUCUCAGCUUGGUUGGGACGGAAACCGACAUUAAUUGGUUUCACCAUCAUUUUCAUUAUCGGUGCUAUACUUACUACGGUUGCCGGUGGAAGCCAGGGUAUUGCAUACAUCUACGGCGGUCGAGUUAUCUCUGGCUUUGGCAUUGGUGGUAUCUCUGCUGUCGCGCCCGCUUAUGUCUCCGAAUGCUCACCAAAGGAUGUCCGUGGUCGCAUCACCGGGUGUUUCCAGAUCAUGGUGGCCAUCGGUGUCAUGAUUUCAUAUUUCAUAAACCUUGGUGUCGGCCUCCACAUGGCGAGCAGCCCCAAUGUCUGGAGGAUUCCUUUUGGAUUCCAACUCGUUCUUGCAGGUAUAAUGUGCCUUGGUCUGUUCACUGUCAAGGAGUCUCCCCGUUGGCUUGCAUCCAAAGGUCAUGUUGCGGAAGGCAUCGCCAAUCUUGCUUACUUGCGGAGGGAGCCCCACGAUUCAGAUGAAGUACGGCGUGAAUUUGCUGAAAUUGAAGCUGCUAUUCGUGAAGAACAGGAGGCUCGUAAAGGCCUUGGAUUGAAAGAAGCCUUCUUCGGGAAGGGCAAUUUUGUCCGAUUUGUCAUUGCAUUUGUGAUCUUCUUCUUGCAGCAAUGGAGCGGACAAAAUUCUGUUGGGUAUUACGCACCUCAGAUCUUUAGCUCCAUUGGGUACUCUGGGGUGACCAAUUCUCUCUUGGCUUCUGGAAUCUACGGUAUCGUGAAAGUCAUUGCGACCACCCUUUUCGUGUUCUUCUUUGUCGAAAGUCUCGGUCGCAAAGCCUCGUUGUUCAUAUCCGCCAUGGGAAUGGGAAUCACGUUUUUCAUCAUCGGCGCUAUUUUGAAAACACAUCCUGUUGUCACGCCUCAGGCAGGCCAGUCUGCGCCUCCACCGUCACCGUCUUCAAAAGGUAUGGCUGCUAUGCUUUACAUCUACGUCUGCUUCUAUUCCAUGGGAUGGGGUCCCCUUCCGUGGGUUUAUGUCUCUGAUAUCUUCCCCACACGGACUCGCCAUUACGGAUUGGCCGUAGGUUCUGGUUCGCAAUGGCUAUGGAACUUCGUUGUGGCGAAGGUCACCCCAACGCUUGAGACUGAUCUAGGAUUCAAACUCUUCAUGAUGUUUGCUACAAUCAAUAUUGGCGGAAUGGCUGUCUUCUCCCUGUUCCUCCCCGAGACUAAAGGUCGUAGUCUAGAGGAGAUGGAUAUCAUUUUCGGUUCAGUCAGCGCAGAGUCCCGCGAAGCGUUCAUUGAACGUGCACUCGACCACAAGGAAAUAACAUCACGGCGGUCUAGUGACAAACAUAUAUAACUUCACUAUGCGGGCUUGCCCAUUACCAUUGCGGAUGAAUUGGAGAUAAAUAGUACAUAUAGCACAACCAUACCUUGCUUUCCGCGCUGACAUU